AUGGCUUCGACGUCGAUGAUGGUCCACCUCGACCGGUGGGUUUCAACCCAGGCGCCACUCAAUGAAGAGGAGAAAGCGAGCGUCAACUUACUGUCCGACUUCAUCGCGUCGCCCGCCCACGCAUCGACGUCCACUUCAGCACCACUACCGAGGGAAGAGGCGCGAGCUGGCGUGGCAAAGGACGAUGUUGCAUCGGGCAGUGGUACAUUCGAGCCCUCGAGAGCGGACACGGCCUCCUCUGCGGCAGUUUCAGACCCCCUUCUGCCCGUGGCUCCGCUAUCAGAUGCACCCUCGUAUUUGAGUUGGUUUGCAAAGCAGCAGGCUCUCAUCACUUCGUCGACUGAAUCGGCCCACGUCAAGCAGCUCCAGGCGAUGACGAGGGCCGCCGAUGAGGCAGAUGCGCUCCUUGACCAGCUCGAAGCCGCCCGUAUCCACAUUGCAGAGCUCAGGGCUGGCGCAAAAUAUGUACAAGAAGGCAGCGAAGGCCUGCGAGAGGAGGCCGAGACGAUGGUCGAGCGCAUCGAUCAUCUCUCUCAGCUGGCUGAGGCUUUGGCUGUGCGGCUGUCCUACUUCGCCAUCUUGCCCGCCAGCACAUCCUUCUUGUCGUCGCCCUCACUAUCACUCGCAUUGUCGCCCGACUUUCUCUUCACCCUCGAUCGCCUCGACGUUGCCCUGGCCUUUGUACGCGCCCAUCCCCACUACCGAGACGCUGCGCUGUACAAGAUGCGCUUUGAGCACUGCGUUGUCCGCGCGGGCACAUUGAUACGCAUGUAUGCCGUGGGGAGGUGGAAGGACCUGGCGUACGAGGUGUCAAAUAAGCUCAAAGAGUGGGACAAAGCUCGGCAUUCGAAAGGCAAGGAGAAGGAACGCAGUGGUGACGACGACCGCGUUCUGAUGUUGUUUGCAGAACCUAUCAUCUACUCGCUUCUCUGGGACCGAUACGAAGAAGAGUUUCCGCAGCUUCGACCUCUGCUCUUUGAGCUCGAGAAGCGUUCGGCGCCAGACGGAGCGCCCGCUUCGACGGACCUGACAUCGUCACCAGACGCUGCUGUGCAGGGCAGUCAAGAUACAGGACCGAUGGACGAGAAGAGCCUUCUUGCCGACUAUUCGGCGACUGAGAGCAGAGAGGAGGAACAGGUGGACGAGGGGCCUCAAGGGAAAGAGGAAGAAGGGAUGGAGGCUUUCAAAUCGCCCGAGUUUGCUUCCCUUCUCUCCGAGUGUCGCACGGCCUACUUUGAUGGAAGGCGGUCUUUGCUGUUGGGCAUGGUAUCGGAUUGCGUCGCCCGUCUGGAAAUUGCUGUGCAAAGCCAAGGCGAUGCUGGCCCGUUAGCAAACCCAAUUUCCUCUUCGGCAUCUUCACCUCGGACGACUGCGACGGCGGCAUUUGUCAAACGGGGCCUCUCCUUUUGUCGAGCCCUGUGCGAAACUGAGAAAUCGCUCUACGCUCGCUUCUUUGCUCUCACGGGACACGGCUCGAGCAGCAAGGAUCUGCAGACCUACUUUGAGCAGCUCUGCUCGCCCUUUCACGACCGCAUACGUCCUCGAUUAUCGAAGGAGACUAGCCUGGCACCACUGGCCGAGCUAUCGUUGGCUCUUCUGGAAGGUGGCGAAGCCCUAGCUGCGCCCUCCGAUCCCGUCUUCACACCGAUUGCCUCGGUUUUGCUCAACGAUGUUCAGACACGCCUGAUUGCAAAAGCGCGCACCAUGGCCGUCGGCUCAGAGAUCGGCGCCUAUACGGCCAAGGACAGUGAUUUGGACUAUCCAGCAAAACUCAACGCGAAAGCACACAAAAGAGCCCAGAGCAGCAUCGGCGGUGCUGGGCUCUUGGAGGCUGCUGCCGCUGCCGAAGCUGGCGUCCCCGGCUUCCGUCGAUUCGACGCUGGCACGCCCGCUUCACGAUUGGGCGCCACAAGCGGUGUGCGCCUUUUUGCCUCGCCUCCUGGCCCCAUUGUGAUGACUUGGUACCCACCUUUGGCCCGGACGCUGUCCCUUCUCUCGAACCUCAACGAGGCCGUCACGACGGCGACUUUUGUCCAGAUCGCCACAGUCGUAAUCGAAGGCUGUCGAGGUUCCAUCGUUGCUGCAGCGGAGACGAUGCAGUCGGGCGGGUCGGGUGGAUCAUCGGGCGGGUUCGCGGGCGCCCGAAUUGGCGUGAGCGGUCGCAUGGAUCCACCGCUCUUUGCUCUUCGGCACCUCUUUCUCUUGGCAGAGAUGGCUGCUAGUGUUCAGCUCCGUGCCACGAGAGCGGGCGACACCUUGGCUGAUCGUCGGGCACAGGCGAUGGGCGUCGCCACGGCGGGCCUCGAAGCAUCGUCUGCCUCACGAGCCAUUGACUUUGCCAUGGUGGUUGAUGCGCUCAAUUCGCUGUGGACAAGCACGAGCUCGGUCGUCUUUGCGCCCAGAUCCUUUAUUGGCCUAGCCAGAGGGGGAGAGCCAAGUACGAAGAUGAAUGCGGCGACGGCGGCAGCAGUGGCAGACACGCCAAAAGACAAUGAAACGAAGGUCACAGAGAGCAGCGGUGACAAAGAAGAAACACAGCUGCAAAAGGACAUCCAGAGUGCUUCGAGCCAGUUCGUCGAUGUCGUCGCUCAAGGCGUCGUCUUGCCGCUGAGAGUCUACAUGGAUCAAUCUUCGAGGCGUGGGUCGAGAGCAAGCAUCAGCAAAGCGUCAGGUCAGCCUGCCCUAGCUUCCAUGUCGUCACCACCCGCACCGCAAGCACAGAUUGAUCCCGCGUCCCCACCAACACCGCUCAAGUCCCCGCCGAUGCCAUGCUCGGCGCCGAUUUCCACGUCACCGGCGUCAUCCAAGGUCGUCAACAGGGCAAGGGCGGCCCACCAGGCCUUUGAGACCUGUGCGCAGAACAACCUGAUGGAGGCAGUCGGUGCUCUCAAGCUAUAUCUAGAGGACGAGCGGGCGAUCAAGAGCCUUGCCGAGCCAGUGAUUAAUAAGAUUUUGGACGUCUACGCCGUCUUUGGCGAACAUGUUCGGGCUUCCUCUGGCGAUGCAGACCUAACGUGGCUCUUGGACAUGCAAACAACUCGGGUAAAGUUGACUGCCUUGCUCCUCGAGUCCUAA